AUGCUUUUUAAGUCACUUCUCAUCGCCGGCACGGCGUCCGCUUCCUGCCUCCACGGUCUCUACCGGCGUGCAGAAGGCGAGGUCGAGAUCCCUCACUUCGGCUACGAGGACACCUUCGGUCCUCUCAACUGGGCUGCCCUCGCACCUGAGAACGAAGCCUGCGCAACCGGAAAGAACCAGUCGCCCAUCAAUAUCGACAGCACCGUUUCCCUCGCAACCGAGAAGCCCAUCCUCGACAUCCCCCAGCAAGCCGUCGAAUUCGAGAACCUCAACACCACCAUUGAGGUCGUCGUAAACGGCACCACCACCUUCGGCGGCAACCAGUUCGGCCUCGCCCAGUUCCACAUCCACACCCCCUCCGAGCACCGCAUCAACCGCGAGUACUUCCCCCUCGAAGUGCACAUGGUGCACAAAGGCAUUGCCGACCCCACGCAAAUCGUCGUCCUCGCCCUGAUGUUCGAAAUGUGCACCGCCGGCUCGGACCCCCUAAUCGCCUCCAUCGCCCCUCACCUCCCCGCCAUCACCGAGCCCGGCUCCCGCACCCCGAUCGAGACGGGCAUCGACUUCUCAGGCGUCCUCUCCCUCCUCGAAACCUCCAACAUCUUCCAGUACUCGGGCAGCCUCACCACCCCGCCCUGCUCCGAGGGCGUGACCUUCCUCGCCGUCGAGACGCCCCUCAAGAUCAGCGUCCCGGACUACAACGCCAUCAAGAAGAUUGUAAAGUACAACUCGCGUCUGAGCCAGAACACUUUGGGCGGUGAGAACAUCAUUGCGGUGGCGGCGGCGAGCGGCGGCGCUGUGGGCGCGAGCAACGAGACAGCGCCGGUUGCGGAGGAGGCCGCGCCCGCGACGCCGGUGGAGGGUGCGCCGAUGCCCGGGUCGACGGUUGCGAUCUCGGAGAUCUCAGGGAGCCCGAUGGCGAGCCCGUUGGUCGGCGUUGUGCAGAGGGCACCAACCUCUCUUCCUCCUAGGAAACAGUCGCGAAUAACGAGCAUAAUACAGAACCGACAGAAUCAAACCAGCUGCAAGUUCUACAGUCUCGUCACCCACGCCUCAUCCACCCUGGCCGCUAGCUCUCAACAUCGCUGCCCAAGGCCACCGCAUCUGCAAGCCGAUGCGAAGCAAAAAUUGAGUUUGGAAGGGAAGACACGAAUCCAGAGCCCAUUUCCGCAUUCUCCAGCACCGGAACCACAUCCAGCGUACGCACAAACAUGCCGCCCAGACGCCCUUUCUGCUUCACUGCGGCAGACAACUCACACAACCACACCCACCAAGGCCAAACGAAAAGCCUCGUCUCCACGCGCCAAAAACUUCGCACCGACGCCCACCCUACCAGCCAGGCCAGACGCAGCGAGACGCUUCAAAGCCAAAGUCGAGUCCAACGUCAACACAAGCUCACCAAGCCCCAGCCCAAGACCCUGUUUCCCCUUCCCCCGGGCCUCCCCCACCCCUCCACCCACUCCCACUCCCCAGUACCCACGCACCCACCCACCGCACAGCCCUGCUCUCCACUGCAGAUCCACCGGACCGACACGCACCAAGCUGAGCCCUUAUCUUGGGUGCGUGGUCGUUUCGUAUCAAGAUCAGAUCGGCGGAACACCAAACACGCCCAGCCACCGGUGGAGAACAACACAGACCCGUUCGCGCGGAGCCAUCACCGCGUCGCACCCCAGGAAACGGUAGCGGUGUCUGUCAUGCGGCCCCAGGGAACGGUGUCUGUGGGAGGUGUUCGGUAGGGCAGGGGAAGGGGAAGGGCCAGUCGUUCGCAGCCCGCGGGUGCAGGACGGGCCUUGGAGCGCUGAUCAGGAGAAGGGCGCCUGGGGCAUGUCGAACCGCUGCUGGGAGACUCCGCUCAAUCAAUGGUGCACGCCAUCGCAGCACACGUCUCCGCGAUCGUUUCAUCGGAUUUUAUUCAUUUGGUCUGGUAAGCUUGCCUUUCCCAUCAUCAGCCCUUGUUUUUCCAUGCAGUCCAUCAUGCACAUACACACCACAUCUAGAGGUAUCAUACUCGCCACGCCCCGCCAGCCCUCACAGCCAGCCCCAACACAGACAACACAGCAAAACGCCG